CUCCAGGAGUCUGACCAAUGAACGCUACGAUUGAUUUUUAAAACCCCAAGCAGCCGCAGUUCUGCAACUCUACAUGUCUUUCUGAUUGUUGUUGGAAAUCUUCUCCAAUAUGGGAAAAGGUAAAAAGUCCAGUUCUGCCAAACGGAGACCUGCAGACAUCAACGUGAUGGAGAAAACUGACAAAGAAGCCAAAGAGAACAAGCAAGUCAAGCCCACGACAGGUCAAGGACAGCCAACAAUAGAAAGUUGUCUGAAUCUAAAGAAACCGAUCCGGAAUAAACCACUUUCCCCUGUUUUAGAUGACAAUUCUGCAAAAAAGACGAACAAACAAAGUGAAGCCAAAGAUGCGGAUGAGCUGAAUGUUUCUAAACAAGAGGAGCCUGUAGAGCAGAUCAUCAUCUGUGGACAUAAUGAACAGACUGCUGUACCUCAUAAAGCCUCUGAGACGAGGAAACAAACUAAAUCUGGCCAAAGAACGAACAGGGAAAAGUCAACAGACAGAAAGCUGAAAAGCAAAGAGUCUCUCCCCAAUCACAAGGUCACAGAUUAUUUUCCUGUACGGCGAAGUUGUAGGAAAAGCAAAGCCGAGUUGAAGUGUGAAAAGCAGCGGCACAUUGAAGAUCUCAUCAAAAACAAUGUGGAAGAGGGACUGAAGGUAAAGUGCAUUGAUGGUAAAGGAAGAGGAGUUUUUGCGGAUCGAGCGUUUCAGAAGGAUCAGUUUGUGGUGGAGUAUCAUGGGGAUCUGAUCGAGAUUGCUGACGCUAAAGCCAGAGAAUCGGAGUACGCUCAAGACCCCUCGACAGGCUGCUAUAUGUACUACUUCCGCUACCACGACAGAACCUACUGUGUGGACGCUACCAAGGAAACGGAGCGACUGGGCCGACUGAUCAACCACAGCAAGAACGGUAACCUUCAGACCAAACUGCAUGAGAUCGACGGCACACCUCACCUGAUCUUCCUGGCGUCCAGAGACAUCCGAGCUGACGAGGAGCUGCUGUACGACUAUGGAGACCGCAGUAAAGAAGCCAUCGCCGCUCAUCCAUGGCUCAAACACUGAUUCACUGUCUCACACACACUGUGCGCUGACCUGCUGUAAGUCUGCUCAGACCAAUGCUACUACAACAUAAGAGUCAGAGAUGUGAGAAUCUGAGAACUAGUCGAUUAUUGGGAUCUGUUUACGUGUGCUGAUGUUGUUGCAAACCUUUCAUUUUAAACUUAAAGGUGUACAUUUAGAAUGAUAUUCGGUGAGCAGAUAUUGAGUAUUCAUUCAGCAAUUCAUUUUAAUGAGAGCUUAUUCAGAGUAGAAUGCUGUGUAACCCUAUGGGAUGUGAAUUUUCAGGUGGGUGCUGUUACUGUACAUUUGUAUAUGCAAAAUGAACACAAUUAUAGCAGAGUGUUUUAAACCAAAUGAUUUCAAUUAUUUUAUUUGUCUUUUAUUUCUAAACUUGAGGAUCAUUAAAGCACUAGAUGAGCAGUAUAUUUGCUUUUAGUUCAUGGUGUGCAGAAGUGUUCAGCUGUAAAUACGGUUUGUAUAUUGGUGUCAUUUUAGGGGGUUUAUUUUAAUAAAGCAUCCGGCCCUCUUAUGAAAUAAAGACGCUCUUAUUCUGACGAAA